GGCCAGCCCAGCCCCGAGAGAGAGGGAGCGAAUGAAGCGAUUUUCAAACCGGUAAAAGCAGUCGAAAUCGAAACCUCCAAAUUCGUUAGAAUAGAGAGAGAGAGAGAGAGAGUUUUGUUUGAACGCAGAGAUCUCAGCAAGGUUUCAUUUCGCCUUGGAAUGAUUUUCUAGGGUUUUGUCUUGGAUCGUAAUCGGAGGAAGAAACGGAUCUGAAAAAUGAAAGCGCGGCUCGUAGUUUUCCCAAUCAAAGGAAGGAACUGGUGCUUCAGUAAAUCUGCCUGUCCGUCUGUUCCCUGUUCGGAACCUGCUAUUCCUUCUACCACACUGAAAGAUCUCUGGAGAAAGAUCUCUGCUGAUAGAAGAUCAAUGCCCGAAAAUGCAGAGAUUGUCGUCGAUUUCGUCUCGGAUAAGAUGAAUCGAGCUUGGAUCAAUUUGGAGAAGGCACCUGAUGGCACUUUCAAGAAUAAGAUUUAUGGUUUGGGGUCACGUUUAUUGGCAACUGUAAAGCCUUCGGAGAUAUUCUUGAAAUCUAUUUCUAAGGAGACCACUAAUGUGGAAAUUAAUUACCCGGCAAGUGUAAAUCCGCGCCUUGUACGCCGAAGGUUACGACAUAUUGCAAUGAGGGGAUCAAUAAUUCACAAGAGAUACUUCUAUGGUUCACUCACAUUGCUUCCGAUUACAGCUGGCUUCGCUGUUCUUCCGUUGCCUAACGUCCCGUUCUUUUGGAUUUUAUUCCGCGCCUAUUCUAACUGGAAAGCUUUCCAGGGAAGCGAGAGACUUCUUCUACUAGUCUCUGACUGCUCGAAGGCGUGGACUUCGCUUGUUGCCGAUGAGAGUGGAACAACUACUGCUGGUGACAGUUACAAGCAGGCAGCCAACAGUUUACCUGGUCCUCCGUGGGUUUUGCAGCCCUCCGAGGAGCUCGGGAAACUUCUAUCCAGGCAAGAUGUGAAGGACAACCUUAGCACCUCUGUUGUUUUGGAUAUUUGCAAAGAGUAUGCCCUUGACAAUAAGCACGUAUUGAAGUAUAGGGAUUCUGUGUAGUUUGCUGUGUACAUUUUUGACUUCCCAAAGCAUUCGAUGCAAGUUUUGGUCACUGAACACGUCCUUCGAUGCUCGUUUUCAACUGUUCAGCAGCAAUGGCAAAUGAAUAGUCAGAAAGCAGAAUCGAGGAAAGUUGAGAGAAGCGAAAAUAAAAUCUUUGUUUGCGAUUCUGUCC